AUGGAGAGGUUUGAUUUCACGGAAAGAAAGCUGAUUAGACGGCUACUCGGCUACUUUUGGCCUAGGGUAUGCCGCAACGAAGAGCUUUACGCGGAAGUCGAUAUGGUAUACCGGCGGAUGACACACAGAAGAUAUCAACAUCAACAUCUUGGAUCCCAAUCGAAAGUGGCUACAGAAAAUCGUCUUCGCUUCUUUGGUCAUAUAUUAGAGAGCCCGGCAGAUCGCCUUGUUCAAGGAGUUCUGAGAAGUUUGCCGGGUUCGAGCUGGAAGAAGCCACCUGGCCGAAAACGAAAGUUUUGGACUAAGAUGGCGAAAGAGGACCUGAGGACACUCGGGGUGGAUAGGCAGUUCAGGCGAGACGUAAGGUUUCGCAAGGUAUGGAAUAAUGGAUCGAUUCCGUACAAGCUCUCGCAGAAGAUCGAGAAGGUUGGGCAGAGCUGUGUUCAAGCACGGGACACCUCAGCGAGGAUGCGGGUAGUCGCGACAUUCCCACGUUUUUGUGGAACCACACCUGUGCACCCUUCAUCUUCAGAAAAAGUUGAAAAUAUUCUGAAAAUAACGUUGGUUCCACUCUGUAAUCUGGUCAGAAGUGUUCCAGAAACGUGUUCACAUAGAUCACAAAGAAUUCUCAUUUUGUUUACAACUGAUGUUUGGAGAUCACUUGUAAAAUUCACUAUUCCUCCUCAAUUCAUCAAAUUUCCUAUGGAAAUCUUCACCGGAUAA